CAAGAGAUGGCCAAAGAAGGUUGUUUGGAGCAUUAGCUAAUGGGCCGGUGAGGUACACCUUUUUAGGCAGGCGGUGAGGCGCGAAUGGAGCUUCUGCGCGGCUCAAGCGCGACGGGGCCCAAGCUUCUUUUUUUUGGUUGCUGCGCGGCGGCAGAGGUCAACAAUCGCACAGUGCAACGGUCAACCAACUUGCGACGACCCGACCUUUGGAGCUCUCUAUUUUCGUGGGGCAGAAGAAACAUUAAACACACGCCCACCGAGUCGACAUUCAUUCCUUCCUGAGCAGUUCGAUCCACCCAACUCGACAGUCUACAUUCCAGCCAUUAUCCAAUCGCUGCCAUCGUUGAAACCGUCGUCGCCAUGUUUGGGAGAUCAGCUAGUGGCCCCGGGGGCCUCAGCAUCAACACGGGCGGCGCCAAUCUUUUCGGCAGCGGCACGACACAGCAAACUCCCGCGGCAGGCGGUGGACUUUUUGGAUCAACAACCACGACCCAGCCCGCCCAGCAAGGGACAUCUCUGUUUGGCGGUACCAGCACGGCGACGACUCAACCACAGCAGCCAACCGGCUCCCUGUUCGGCACGACAGCAACUUCGCAGCCUCAGCAGAGCGGAGGUCUUCUUGGUCAAACAACGACAACACCACAGGCUCAGACCGGAGGUCUAUUCGGGAACAAGCUAGGCACAACACAGCCAGCUCAACCUCAACAGCAGCAACAAACCGGUGGUCUCUUUGGCGGUGGCACCGCGACGACUGCGCAACAGCCUCAGACCAUGAGCCUGUUUGGAGGAGCGACGACGCAGCAGACCCAGCCUCAGCAAUCUGGUGGUCUCUUUGGCGCGACACCACAGCAACCUCAGCAGCAGCAAGGAGGCCUUUUUGGAGGCACAUCUACCACCACAGGUACCAGUAUGUUUGGAACCAAGCCAGAUGCUCCCGCAGCCACCUCACUUUUCGGCGGCGGCAGCCUCGGCCAGUCAACGAUGCAACAACCAGCCCAGCAACAGGUUCCCGGCCUCACCAUGGGCCAGACAGCCAAGCAAUCCGUCGUCCCAGGCGUCCGCAUCGACCUGUCCAACAUCCGCUCCACCACCCGCUUCAACGACCUCCAGGAAACCCUCCAGAAAGAAAUCGCCGACAUUGAUGAUAGGAUCCAGAAAUGCAUCCGGGAUUACGAAGCCGUGGAAGCUUUCUUGCCCUCCCACGGCGAACUUCUCUCUGCCAUCCCCACAGACGUCAGCUUCGUCAGCCGCAAGUCCGAGGGCGCCCACCGCGCCCUAGAAAGCGACAUUGACGCCAUCAACCAGCUCCACGAGCUGAUCAAGACCGACGCCGACAACGCGAGGCUGUCCUUUAAGGCUAUCGACAACCUCAAGCUUCCGGUCCAGUACCACCAGACAGGGCUGUGGUCAAAAGGGGGAUCUACCGGAGCGGGCGACGCCAAUGCGGAGAGUAACUCGGAUUUGAUCACGUUCUUCAGCAAGACGGCGGAUGAGAUGGACACGAUGAUGAAUAGGUUUGAAAAGAACCUGGGCGAGAUCGAGGUUCAUCUUCACGGCGUGCAGGGCAAUAUGAUGGAGGCGCUGCAGAGGGCCGCGGCUGGGAACCGCCCUGGGCAGAACGGGGUGGAUGAGAAUGUACUCGAGCUAGCGGCGGUUCUUAGGGAAUUCGAGGAGGGCAUUCUCAAGGUGGCUGGCAAGGUUGGGGGGUUGAAGGAGGGGAUUACGGAGCUGCAGCUCAAGGAUUUCAUGGGGCAUGGGAGUUAGAUCUGGAGUUUUUG